AUGCUCUAUUUUUUCACCUUACUUUUCUUCUCUUACAUAUCUCAUGGUAUAUAUAAGCAAAUCCUCCAGUAUCGAAUUUCACGUAUCAAAGGCUGCAAAGACGCGCAAUCGAAAGCCCCAGUCAAGGAUCCUUACAUUGGAUUUGAUUUCAUUUACGAUUGUCUCUUUGCAAAACCCGUCGAAAGAUAUCUCGAUUCUACAUACAAGACCUUCCAACAGCUGGGAGCCACAUAUGCAUACAGACGGUGGACAUGGGAGGCCGUCUACACAUGCGACAGCCGAAAUAUUAAGCAUGUCCUUGCCUCUGGCUUUGACGAUUUCAAGCUCCCUCGUCUGCGAGUCAACGCAAUGACAGGGCUCCUUGGGAGCGGCAUCUUCACAUUGAACGGGCACUCGUGGUCACAUGCUCGAGGAGUUUUGCGACCCUGCUUUGCGAAGCAGAACAAGGAAAGCAUAGUCGAUAUGCUCGAGACUCAUUUUCAGGCCCUACUACGGAGAAUUCCAGACGACAACACCACUAUCGAUCUACAGCCCCUGUUUUUCUGGCUCACUAUGGACUUUGCGACAGACUUUCUUAUGGGCCAUUCGACGCGCGUCCUCGACCGCAUAUCAAGUCAUGCAAAAGAGAAGCAGUUUGUGGAUGAUUACCUGACGUGCUCUACGGAGAUUGUUAGGAAGAUGCAGCUCGGUCCACUCCAGAUGUUCUCCAUCAAUUUUGCUGCUAUGAGGGCGCGAAGUCGCGUGUUCCGAUAUAUCGACGAUUUCAUCAGCGCAUCCUUGGAGAGAAAAGAUGAGAGCAAUUCUGCAAUAAUGGGCUGUAAUGUUCUUCAGUGUCUCGCGGCAGUGACGGCAGAUCGAAAACAGCUUAGGGAUCAGAUACUCCAUAUCUUGGUUGCGAGUCGCGAUACUACGGCCUGUUUGUUGAGCAACCUUUUCUUCGUUCUGGCUAAGAAGCCGCACAUAUAUGACAAGCUGAGGAGGGAAGUCACUUCGAUUGCGGGUGCUGAGCCUCCAACAAGCAGCCAACUGAACAAUAUGGAGUAUCUCAAGUGGUGUGUUCAAGAGUCUUUGCGACUCCAUCCUGUCAUCCCGACAAAUGCUCGAGAAGCGUCCAAAGACACUGUCCUACCAUAUGGUGGUGGUGAAGAUGGCAAUUCACCUCUUCUCAUCAAGAAAGGAAAUCUCGUCAUGUACAACAUCUACGCUAUGCAUAGAGACGCUCAAGUGUUUGGACCGGAUCCUGAAGAAUUCGUGCCCGAAAGGUGGAAUGGUCUCAGACCAGGUUGGAGUUAUUUACCUUUCAAUGGCGGACCACGAAUCUGCAUUGGCCAGAAAUUUGCCCUCUUGGAAACAUAUUACUUUGUGUCAAGAAUGGUGCAAACAUUCGAGACAAUGAACGCAGUUGAUGAUUCAGAAUGGGUAGAGCUUUAUGCUCUUGCCACUACAUGCAAAGAUGGAGUCAAAAUUAGUCUAAAAAGAUGUUGA